CAGAGUAUAAUAGUACAUUGAAUAUACAGCUAUGUCAUACAAACGUGACAUUUGCUGUACGCAGCAAUUUGCGCCAAAAACUGAUUACCUAUUGAAAAUACCAAGCAAAUAUAGUGAAGAGACAAUUACUGUAUUUACCAUACCAUACCUUAACUGAGAAAAUAACACAAGGAAUGUUCUGUUUCUUAAUGGAAUAUUAAUUGAUUAAAUAUGUCUAAACGUAAUAGUACUCCAGCUUCUAAUACGUUAUUCAACUAUUUUACUAAAACACCGCCGAGUAACAAGAAGCCUAAACAGAAUUGCGAUGAAAGUAAUAAUAAAUUGAAUAAUUCUUCAAAUAAUGCAAAAGUAGAAAAUAAAAAACGCGAAAGAAUACCAACUCCGUCACCAGAACCACACAAGAAUGCCAGUGACAGUGAAGAGGAAGUAGCCAUUUCUGUUAAGAAACGAAAGAGAAUUAGAUUAAAUCCUAUAGAUUCUGAUGAUUCCGAUGUUGAAAAUAAAGUAGAUAACAAACUUGAGAAGCCUAAAGGUGAGGAGUCUAUGAAGAAGAAAUUGCAGGAAAGUUUCAAAUAUGAACCAAAUGAAUCACCCAAAAGUGAUAAAACCAAACGAGUCAUAUCACACAAUGUGGAGGAAGAUGAGGUCCAGGAACUGCCCCACUGUCUGAGUCCGGGCGACCGUGAGGUCCAGCCCUUCCUCGGCCACCGGGUCGCAUCUAGCAGCCCCGCAGAAACUGCAGAGCGCCCAGCGCUACCCGGUGGCAUGCGGCUUGCGGCACAACCAAAAAAAGAAGAGAUCUCACCUCAUGAUAGCCCCAUUAUAGCAAACGAGGGUAACUGGACUCAUUGCAAAUUAAAGUGGUUAAAACCAGAAAACAUAAGGGAUGCGAUGAAACGUAGGCCGGACCAUCCGGACUAUGACAAGACUACACUCUUUGUACCUGCAGAAUUCAUGAAACAACAGACUCCGGCUCAUAAGCAGUGGUGGGAAAUAAAGUCAAUGCAUUUCGACAGUGUGUUGUUUUUUAAAGUUGGUAAAUUCUACGAGUUAUAUCAUAUGGAUGCAGCAGUAGGUGUCAACGAACUUGGCUUUUCAUAUAUGAAGGGUGAAUUUGCACAUUCGGGUUUUCCAGAAAGUGCGUACUCGCGCAUGGCAUCAACUUUGGUAUCCAAAGGUUACAAAGUAGUGCGAGUUGAGCAAACUGAAACACCGGAAAUGAUGCAAGAGAGGUGUAAAAGCAGCGGGCUGACGAGCAAAACCGACAAGGUGGUGAGACGCGAGGUGUGCCAGGUGAGCGUGCGGGGCGCGCGCGCGCUGGGCCCGCAGGACGCCGCGCCCGCGCUGCCCGCCGCGGAGCACAUGCUGGCCGUCGCCGAGGAGGAAAGCAAUGGUUGCAGUACAUACGGAAUCUGCUUCAUAGAUACGACGAUAGGACAGUUUCACUUGGGACAGUUUAAAGACGACAAGCAUUCGUCGAGACUACUCACUACAUUGGCACAUUACCCACCAGCUUUGAUAAUCUACGAUCGCAAAUUGACAACAGCACGAACAUCUAAACUGUUGUCAACACAUUGUCACAAUGCGAGACGCGAACACACCGCUAUGUGGACACCGGAAAAGACAUUGAAAAUACUUGCCGAAAAAUAUUAUAGAACCAAUGUUGAUGGGGACUGGCCAGAUGGACUUAAACCAUUUUUACAUGAAGGUGAUGCUCUUGGACUGACACCAGCUAGCAACUGUUACUUAGCAGUGAAAGCACUCGGAGGCUGUGUUUCUUACUUAACUGACUGUUUACUGGACAUCCAAAUUCUUGGCAUGUCAUUAUUUGAAGAAUAUUCACCGCCUGAUGUACUCAAUAGCACAUUAUUACUAGAAGAUAAGGUUGAAAAUGAAUGGAAAGGUGGAAAUACAAUGGUGCUAGACGCUAUAACAUUGAGGAACUUGAGAAUAGUCCUAGAUGAGGGAUGUUUAUAUGAUAAGUUGAACUAUUGCAGUACUCCUAUGGGAAAGAGAUUACUUUACCAAUGGGUUUGUUCUCCGAGUUGUAACUUGGCUGUGAUUAAAGAAAGACAAGAGGCAGUAAAAACUUUGUUUGAAAAUCAAGAACUGUGCCAAGAUGCAAAAAAUAUAUUGACAGCUUUGCCUGAUUUGGAGAGACUCUUAGCUAAAAUUCAUGCCCUGGGCAAUCUUAAAAAGUCUCAAAACCAUCCUGACUCCCGAGCUAUAUUUUAUGAAGAGAAGACGUAUUCAAAGAGAAAAGUAUUAGAUUUUAUAUCGGUCUUGAACGGAUUUACUUCUGUUCUCAAGUUAUCAGAAUUAUUUUCUGACAUAGAAUCUGUUUUACUGAGGCAUCUGACUCAAUUUAAUCCUGUUGGAAGGUUUCCUGAUUACAGAGAGACGUUGAAGUUCUUUAAGGCGUCAUUUAAUCAACAAGAAGCUGAGAAAGAAGGUCGUAUAUUGCCGGGGACUGGCGUUGAUCGCGAGUACGAUGAUAUCCUGCAAGUGAUAAAGGACUUAGAAGAUGAACUAAAGCAAUAUUUAGUUAAACAGGAGAAAUACUUUAAAUGCAGGAUAAAUUACGUAGGCACGGAUAAAAAACGUUAUCAAUUAGAAAUACCGCAGAACGCCGCAGCUAAAGCUGGACCUGAAUAUCACUUAGAAGGAGCAAGGAAAGGGUUUAAAAAGUUUUCUACUGACGAAACAAAAGAUUUCCUAGCACGAAUGAUGGCAGCAGAGGAGCAGAAAAGUAAUGUAUUGAAAGAUCUAAGUCGUCGAAUAUUCGAGAAGUUCUCAUCAAGUUACAAUCAAUGGGAAACGGCUACCAAAUGCCUUGCCACAUUGGAUAUAUUGCUGGCUUUAACUGAGUUCGCGAGACAACAAAGCGGGGAUAUAUGCUUGCCACAAAUUACCUUUGAAAAGAAUCAAGAGCCAUACCUCAACAUAACCGAAGGUCGGCACCCUUGCAUCCUACUCGACGAUUUCAUCCCCAACUCGACAGUGUUGGGGGGUAAAGGGGGUGAAAUUUUUCAGGGGGGAGAGGGAGCAGCGCGUCGACUACUUCUCUUAACGGGACCCAACAUGGGCGGCAAAUCCACUCUCAUGAGGCAAGUCGGCCUGCUGUCCGUAUUGGCACACAUGGGCAGUUACGUACCAGCGCAAGAAUGCAGUAUGAGUCUAAUUGACCGUAUCUUUACAAGGUUAGGCGCUUCUGAUGAUAUAUUGUCUGGGCAAUCCACCUUCCUAGUGGAAAUGAACGAAACGGCAGCUAUAGUGAAACAUGCGACUUUACACUCUCUAGUUUUGUUAGAUGAGUUAGGUCGAGGAACGUCAACAUAUGACGGGACCGCCAUCGCAUCGGGCGUGUGUGUGGAGCUGGCGGCGCGCGGCUGCCGCACCGUGUUCUCCACGCACUACCACUCGCUCGUGCGCCACCUCGCCGCGCACCCCGCCGUGCUGCUGGCGCACAUGGCGUGCAUGGUGGAAACCGAGGAAAGUGCGGAGGGAGAGGGCGAGGGUGAAGUACCCGAAGAGAGUAUCACGUUCCUGUACAAGCUGUCGGCCGGCGCGUGCCCGAAGUCGUACGGUUUUAACGCGGCCCGGCUGGCGGGUGUGCCUCGUGACGUCACUGCUCGCGCGCGUCUCAUUGCUCGCCGUAUCGAGCUGGAGGCCACGUGCGUGCGCGCUGCUAGAGACCUCUGCAAGGCCGAUAGUGCCCAACACGUGCGGAAGCUACUCGCUGCGUUAAAUAUUUAA